AUGUUAAUCGGCUCAGAUGAAGUACAACACCCGUCAAUAUUCACUAGCCUUCCAUGCAAACAAAUCACCAACAAGAACAUCGACUUCAUAAAACAUUCAAUCGAGCUUUGCACAUCUUCAUGCCAUCCACUGCAGCAACUCAAGAGCUUUCCUACUAGGCUAUUGGAUCUCGGUUCAGUUGCGGAGUCUGGCUGCGUGCGACUGAUCCAGACUAAAGACAUACCCGAGGCUGAUGUCCCCAGUUUGAAGUACGCUGCUCUCAGUUAUUGUUGGGGCAACACAAUACAACCCAAGACCACGCCAGAGAACCUCAAGAAACGCACGGAAAGUAUCAGCCUUAAAGAGAUGUCCGCUGGACAAGAGGACCAGGCUCGGGCUGAUUGGGAACAAGAAAGCGAGAUCAUGGAUAUGAUAUAUGCGCAGGCCUAUAUCACAAUUUGUGCUGCUUCAUCUCCAAGCUGCCAGGUUAGCUUUCUUCAACGCGAGACUAAGCCUAUACUGAGACUGGGGCUUCGACCUGCGUCAUCUGACGCAUUCGAAAGCAGUUACCUGGUAACGCCGUGCCAUACCUCAAUGUUGGCGCACGGAUGGUUCUCGGCCGACUGGGACGAAACCAUCUGGCAUACACGGGGCUGGACCUUUCAAGAGCGAGCGUUGUCCGAGAGACUGAUUGUCUUCGGAACUCAUAUGAUUCAUUUCAUAUGCUCGGGGUUUUACUCGAAUGAGACUGGCUAUACUGAUACGUGUUGCGCAAACAAUAGAAACGCCGGAGGUGUAACAUUACCGAGCAGCCUCUCACGACCUGUAUCAAAUGAGGUUCGAGCGUCAGUCUUCGGAGAAUUUCGCGGCAUCCUCAGGUCGGUUGCCGAAGCCGACUUUUCUCGCGACAGAGAUCGCCUGCCAGCCCUUGCCGGCAUUGCUAGAAGGGUGCACGAGCUUACGGGAAGCAAAUACUACGCUGGUUGUUGGGAGGAUAAUUUUCAUAAUGAUCUCCCGUUUUUCAUCUCCUGCCCACCUCCUUUGGCUGCCGCAAACCCGCGUGACUUAGAUUCGGAGCUAUAUUUCGGGCCUUCGUGGUCGUUUGUUAGUCGUAACAGUGGCGAACCUGUGCGCCUGGCCUACCAUUGCGGUCCGUUCAAGCCGCAAUACGAUUGGAUCCAGGCGUCGACUACUCCUCAAGGAAGGACCAGGUUUGGGGAAGUAUCGUGGGGCUUCUUGAAAGUCCGAACAAAGGUGCUUCUCACAAGUGCCAAUCUCGAAAUGGAUGAAGGGAGGGGGGGCCGAUUUGAAGCAGAGGUAUGGCUCGGUGGGGCAGAAGUAUUUUUCGACGGUCAGGAUCUCAAGGCCCAGUGUGCAUGCGUUUCGAACCCACACGGUGAUGAUAUGGCUUGGGCACUGAUUUCUGCUCGGUUGACAGGCGAAAGACGCUACCUUCUUGGUCUUUUACUACGGAGUACUGGGAGGCCGCGAGAAUAUUACCGUAUCGGGUUGUUUAAAUGGGGUCGCUUCAAAGACCCAGGCUCAAAUAGUCCUGCCAAUUGGGAUACUGAGACCAUCGAGAUCAUCUAG